GCCAGAAGUCGGCCCCUUAAGUAUCCUGGUACUGCAUCGAGUGCGCGUACACGACAGUCUUGCAGAUAGCCUGAGCAUGUCAGACACAGAUCGCGUAGAGUUGAACGAACCCAUUGCCAUUGUUGGCAUCGCAGCGGAGUUGCCCAGCGGGCCAUCUGACACAAAUCUGGAUUACCGACGGUUCAACAAGUUCUUGCUGGACGGCGCCAAGUCGUACGUUCGCAUCCCAAAGGACAGGCUCAACAUCGACUCGUGGCAAGGCCAUGGGCUUGGCAGGAUCGCAACAUCUCAUGGCUCGUUCCUGAAGAACGUCGAGUCAUUUGACCAUGUAGAGUUUGGUAUAUCGACAAAGGACGCUCGGGCCAUGUCUCUGAGCACCCGGAAGCUCAUCGAGCUCUCCUUCUUGGCCUUGCUCGAUUCGGGGAUCGACUAUAGAGGGAAAGACGUCGGAUGCUACACUUCGGCGACGAACCACGAUAUUCUGAGUGUAGCCGAACCGGAUGUGUACGAAGCACGUGGUUCUUUCGGCGGCAUACCAUGCAUGGUGGCGAAUAAAAUAUCAUACCACCUUGAUCUUCGCGGACCAAGCAUCCCCGUCGACACAGCGUGCAGCUCGAGCCUCACAGCAAGCCAUUUGGCAGUUCAAGCGUUGCGGGCGGGCGAAUGCGAGUCUGCUGUUGUGGCGGCUUGUCAAUUGAAUCUUAGGCUCGCCGAUUUCGUUCAGUACAGCCAAGCAUCCGUGCUAUCGAAAGAUGGGAAAUGUAAGCCGUUUGACGCUGACGCAGACGGAUUCUCGCGGGGUGAGGGCGCAGUCGCCAUUGUACUCAAACCGUUGAGCGCGGCGCUCAGAGACGGAGAUCAUAUCUAUGCGAACAUGCUUGGAACUGGAUUGAGCGCUUCGGGAUCCUUGGCCCCAGUGCACGCGCCAGCGGCGACUGCCCAGCUGGAAGCGAUGAAGCGAGCUUAUCGCGGUACCGGCCGUGAUCCUCGGGAGGUCGACUACGUCGAGCUUCAUGCUACUGGAACCGCAGCUGGCGAUCCGACAGAAAGCAACUGGGUGGGCGAGCACUUCGCGCGAGACGCGGAGUUGCUCGUCGGCAGCGUGAAAGGCAAUAUCGGGCAUCUUGAAGUAACCGCAUUCUUGGCGUCUCUGUGCAAGGUGUGCGGGAUGUUCGAGACGGGGAUAGUACCCCCAAACGUGAACCUCCGGACACGGAAUCCCGCCAUACGCUGGGAUACGUACAAGCUGAACGUCCCGCUGGAGCCGACGGAGAUACGGCCUCGCGGCCCUUCGCAAAAGCUGCUAGUCUCCAUGUGCAGCUCGGGAAUCGGCGGCGCGAAUGGUCACGCUGUUCUCGAGAGCAUGGCUCCCUCAAGGCCCGAGGCUCCCGCAAGCCAUUCGACCCCUCAAGAUUAUCCUAGGCUACUCAUGGCUGGCGGACUCUCGCCUACGUCUGCAGCAAGCGUCGCGGACAGUUUACGAACACUGGCGACGGGAAACCCGGACUCGCUGACGACGAUCUCGGCCAUGUCCGGCCGUCGCAUACGGCAGAUGAAUUGGCGCAGUUUCGCAGUGAUACAACCCGCGCAAGGUUUAGCUAAGAUAAACUUCCCCGCACCGGCGUUAGCUCAAGACGGCCGUUCACCUCUGGUGUUCUUGUUCUCGGGUCAAGGCCCUCAACACUUCGCAAUGGGAAGGCAACUUAUCGCGCGGUUUGAAGUCUUUCGCAAGACAAUCGAGGAGCUUGACGGGUAUCACAUGGACUCUACGGGGACGUCUCUCAUACGGGACACGGGCCUGUUUGGCGAAAUCCUAUCCUCAAACACUCUUCCGCCCGUGUGGCCGAUCUCGGUCAUCCUGCCUUCGCUCGCGAUGCUUCAGAUCGCCCUCUUCGACCUUCUCAUCAGUCUGGGACUCCGGCCGGAUGUCGUCAUGGGUCAUUCUGCGGGUGAGACACCCCUUCUGUACGCAUCUGCAGCUGCAUCGAAGCGUUUGGCUAUGGAGGUCGCUAUCGUACGAGGAAAAGCGAUGUCUCUCGUCGAGGAGGCUGAUGGAGGCAUGGCCGCGCUUUCGUGCGCUCCGUAUCAAGCCGAUGAAAUCAUCAAGUGCGCAAAGGAGCCAUCCGAAGACGGCGUCUUGGAGAUCGCCUGCUUCAAUGGGCCACAGGCUGUUGCAAUUGCCGGUCAUCGGAGGUUGAUAGCCCGAGCAGUCGACAUCGCGACGUCUCGUGGAAUAUUGGCUCGCACGAUACAGACGAACGUCGCGGUUCAUUCGUCCAUGAUGGACAUAUGCCGAGACUCGUAUUGCUCUGGGAUAGCAGAUGCGUUCGCUCGUUUCGGACCAUGUGGCUCUCCCAACGUCACUACCUUCUCAACGGCGACGGGUGAUCUGCUCGAAGGUUUCUCAUCAGACUACUUCUGGCAAAACAGCCGUGGGCCGGUCCGGUUUGCGCAAACAGUACGGUCGGUGCUACGUGCUUACCCUGCGGCUCAGUUCGUCGAGAUCAGUCCGCAUGCCGUGCUCUCCGUGUACCUGCAAGACCUUGGUGUCCCUCCAUCCUCAGUAGUAUGCCCGAUGCGACGAUCAAAGACAUAUGCGGUCCAUCAGGAGCACACCGUACUCUUGACCACAAUCGGACAACUGGCGGCUUCGGGAUACAACGGCAUUAACUUCCGUGCGCUGAACAGCAUCGACGUGCUAGACCACGAUGCAAUACAACUACCUCCUUAUCCGUUCUUGCGCAAGCCUGUGCCGUACUUGCCCCGAUAUUCGAGGUUGUUGCAGAAACAACUGGGCCACCUCGUGCGGCCGCUGUCUGGGGAUGGUCUGAGGGUCAAUCGUGCAACCCAUCCUGAGCUUGCUCAGCACGUCAUCAAUCACGAACCAAUCAUGCCUGCGGCGGGAUUUCUCGAGAUGGCGCUGGAGGCUGGGGCAUCUAUUGUGUGGAAUGUGCACUUUCGCUCAUUCUUCUCGCUGGCUCCGGAUGUUCCGACAGCUCUCAAGGUCGACAUCAACGGUAUGCAUUGGCAAGUGCUUUCUAGCACUGAUGGAGGGGUCGUUGCUGAGAACAACGAUCAGCAUGAGCCUCGAAUGCAUGCAGAGGGCUUCAUGACGCGUGAUCCACAUGGUCUUGUCAUCUGCGAGGGGUUCGUACUCUCUGAAGUCUUGCAACGUGCCAAGCUACAAGAUGCAGACAACUUCUACUCUGGCUUCCACCACUUCGCACAAUACGGUCCCUUGUUCAGUCGAAUCAGAAGAUACUACUUUGGAUCCAGUUAUGCGCUGGUCGAGUUAGAAGGGCUUGACGAAGCUUCGCUGUCGAACUACAUUAUACACCCUGGUCUUCUCGAUGCCUGCAUACAUGUCCUCGUUCAUCCUCGUUUCACAGCAAACUGGGAUAGUAAUGUGUACUAUCUACCAUCCGCUCUAGGCUCCCUUGCUAUCCGUCGAGAAAGCUCAUUGACGCAGCUGCUACGGGGCACACUGUACGCAUACGUGGUUCUCACAGAAUGGUCACCAGACGAGAUCGCAGCAGACGUACAUGUCGUUUCUGCAGAAGGACAAGGAAUCUGUACGCUCCGUGAUCUCAAAGUUACACGCCACUAUGUCACUUCUCCGACGCCUGUCAGUAAACGCUUUCAAGUAAUCAGCCAACCACUCUCCAUGAUGAAGCCGCUACGCCGCUCACGUGUAGCCUACUUUGCAGACUCGGAAUCGACCCUUCAUAAUGGUGCUCAGCUCCUGUUACGCGAAUUACUCGGGCCCACCGUGACUGUUGUAUACCAGGCCGGAGUCAUGGACAAGAAUGAGCCGCUGUCACGCAAGAUGGUCCGCAUCCAGGCUGGCGCGUCUCGGACACAUCGUUCGAUGUUCGACAUUGUCCUGUGUCGCUUUUCUGCACCAUGGAGCAACGAAGAGGCGACCAUCGCAAUACAGUCUUGUGUCUCGUCCCUCAUCCCUGGCGGCUUCUUGUUCGUUCAAAGCAGCUGCAACAUGCCUGAUCCUCAAUCAUCUUGUCACGACAGCUCCGACCUGUGCUUUCCUCCUGCCGAUCUUGCUGUUCUACAACUUGAGCUGAACAAUAUGGGAUUCAGGACGCGCGUUCGGGGUCUGCCAACCAUCCUGAUCGAGGCACAGAGUCCGUCACUGUCUCUUGCCUCGCCGAAAUCUCCCCGCCCAGAGAGCCAGACUCAAGUCCUCCGAUAUCGCAUCGGAAAGGAGAUUGACAUUCAAUCGACCUUGGCGAAGCUCGACGUCAAUGGCCCUGCUUGUAUCUGGGUCAUAGCGCCAGAGGGAUGCGAUGGUGACGGCGCAACCGGGUUCACGAGGUCACUCAGACGGGAGUUGCCUGUAUGGGAUAUCGGGCUUUUGGUUACAUCCCCUACUUUCAGCGAACGAGAAUCGGAGGACCUCGCGCAUCAUCUUUCAUCGAUACCUUGGAUAGAACGAGAGCUGUAUAUCGGCAAAGACCACCAACUACACGUUCGCCGAAUCCGUGAAGUACCACCCUUUCGUCCCGGCCGGACUAUUUCCUACCAUGGCGACAUUCCCCCUCGACACAUCCGCCUCGAUCGAACGCUCAGCUAUAGCAUCGACUCUCGCUACCAUUGCUUGGCCGGAAGGGUGGCUGCAGCCCCCGAUGACGCUACCGGGAUGCUCGUCGGUACGAGGGUGGUCACCAUCACUACGGAACCCCCUGAAGAGGAUACGACCGUGCACCAAGACGCUGUGACCCCGCUACCCGACCACUGGGAGGAGGAAGCAGCACCAGUGUUGGCACUGAGCUGUCUUGUGAUGAACCUCGCGCUCAAAGGCGAGUCCACACGUGAUUACCCGGCGCGGAACGAUUCACGUCGUAUCGUUGUGGUGGGCGCAGACACACCACUGGGACAUACACUUGUGCAUAUCUUGCAGCAGCUAGGCAUCUGCUCGGUCAGGUUGCAGCUCGAUGUGUCUCCUCUGGAUAUUGCGUCACUCCGCCUAGGCCCCGUUGACACCGUCGUGGCGUUGAGUAGCCACGCCUCCACCAUUCUCGCUACCUUCGCGGACAGCGGAUUUCAACUUGUCCGCAUGUGCGAUAUAUCUCGGCUCAUGGGCGAAGUGACUCGCAGCCCGCGCCUCUUGACGACCAUGCUACAGAACACCAUCCAAUCGACGCCGUCAGUCGUUUCUUCCAGCGGACAACUACCCCGGGCGACUCCAGAUCGGCCUAGUAGACCUUUGCUCAGGUUCAAACCUCACGAAGUCUAUGUACUGAUAGGAGGGAUCGGGAGCCUGGGAAUGCACAUCGCGCUCUGGAUGUAUGAGAGAGGAGCUAGAACCAUCGUGCUCACAUCUCGCUCUGGAAGGAGAUCACUGGAACGAGCCGGAGACGUCCUCGCCAUUCACAUACUCGGUUAUCUGGAAAGCCGUACAGACCUUGCCCUGCGACUGGAGGCGUGUGAUGCCGCCUCUCUGAACGAGAUGCGAGUACUACUCUCGGGCCUGAAGAAACGCAUCGCUGGUUGCAUGCUGCUCUCCGGCGUUCUCGUAGACCGCACAUUUUUCUCUCAAGAUGCAUCGACCUUCGAAGCGACGUUCAGACCGAAAUAUCAAGCGAUGAGAGCACUGGAAGGUGCAUUGCCUGUCAACGAUCUCGACUUUCUCAUUGUUUUCUCGUCCAUUUCGUCGUUCGGGAAUGCAGGCCAGACGAACUAUUCUAGGCGAGGAUUUUUAUUCUUUGCGAACACUACCAUUGAGGGGCAGGUUAUGCGAUACAGUAACGCGUUUGCUCUAGUUACUCCUGCUAUCGUGGAUUCGACGGCUAUCGGUAACGCACUGAGUCAUCAAGAGCAAGGAGCACAGUUAGCGCAUCUCUUACCAUGGGCUCUUUCUGCCAGAGAACUCUGUGAUUGUAUCGAAGACGGCAUCCUCAUGCUUCAGCACGGUCCCGUGGGUGUGUACGUGCCUAACCUCAAUUGGGAUCUCGUUCGCCAGCACAUGGGCCCCUCUCACCUAUACGACCACCUAUCAGACUUCAGCCCACGUGCAGGACCCACGACGUCACUGCAGCAGAGCCGCGAGGACCUCCUGUCCGUCGUGUUGCAACACUUGGACGUACCUGCCGAUGCUUUCUCUCCUGACGCUCUGCUGUCGCAAUAUGGGAUGGACUCGCUAUCCGCUGGUCGGCUAUCCUUUGCGCUCAAGACCGUCGUGUCUGUCUCGUCCAUGCAAUUGCUCGGAGGACUGAGCUUCGCCGAGCUUCACCGCCGGGCUACCACCACACACGCUACUCUAUCCGGGGUCUCGAACACGCACGGGGAUAACGCGUUUGACUGGGCAGAGCUGAGUCGGCCCGGUCAGCCCCUGGUGAAGCUUGUGGAUCGCCAGGGUGAUACGCCCCUCAUCCUAGUUCAUGGGGCAAACGGCAGCGUCAUAACAUUCUUACCUUUUCAACAGACGUUCACUUCGUCUCUAUGGGUCUUGCAGUCGACAUCAGACACGCCGAUGCAUUCACUGGACGCCAUCGCAGAGUACUACUACAACGCUAUCAAAGACGCUCAGCCGAACGGUCCAUAUCGCAUCGGGGCAUACUCUGGGACAUCCAUCAUCGCGUUUCUUAUUGCAGAAAGAGUCAUCAGUGAUGGCGAGACGGUAGUGCAGUUCUGUCUACUCGAUCACUUCCCUCUUCUGUUCGCCUCUCCAUACCUCGAGCCGGAUGCUGCUACCGUUCAACAACGGUCGCCCAGCCAUGCAUUCAUGAUUCGUGUACUGGACUCGAUGCUGUCCAUGUACAAGGCCGAGCAAUCUCUUGCCCGUCAGCAAUUGGCACAAGAGUUUGAAGAUGCUGCACGCGGCGUAUCGAUGCCACCGGCAGCAGCCUUGCGGUGGCUUACUUACUCCAGCGUGGUCCGUGGCUCGUACGAGUUCAUGUUCGAGCUGCUACCUCAUGGGGUGCCAUACACUCUGGAUCUCCUACGUCAUUCGCUUGCUGCACGUCUGAGGGCAGUGCAAGUGCCACUGACUCUUUUCGUCGCUACCAGAGGUAUUUUGACGGGAAUGAGUCGCGAGGCAGGAAAUGCGCAGGAGUGGAAUGAGCUGGGAGUGCGCGAAGCAUACCCAGAUGCUUCCGUAGUCUUUGUGGAGGGUACGCAUUUCACGAUGCGAGAUUCGACUGUACUUGUGGACAAACUGCAGAGUUGGUAA